AAAGAGCGAAAUGAAAAGGAAAGGGAAUGACCUUAAAACGAGAGAGGGGGCAGAGAAAUUUUCCACAAGAUAGUGACAUAAUCACUCUACCCACCUCUCUUCAAACGUUUUUUGCCUUUCCCCCUCCUACCCUAUAAAAUUCGACAACCACACCAUUCUCUUCUUCACUGCUCCACUGCCUCUCUAUAGUUUCACCUUUCUUUGAGGCUUUUUUUAAACCAUCAUGCAACUAUUUUCUUCGCCACCUUUUUCUUAUUAUCAUGCUUUGCAUUAUUAUUCUCAGUUCCAGUCUCACCCCAUCAUGUUGACAAUUCUCCUCUCUUCUUUGCUUCUUCCUCUUCUUCUGCACUUCUUCUGUUUUCAAUGGCGCCAACCGAGAACCAAACGCUUACCACCAGGUUCAAUGGGUUGGCCUUACAUAGGAGAAACUCUCAAGCUCUACACUCAAAACCCAAAUACCUUCUUUGCCAAAAGACAACAACGAUACGGAGAUAUAUUUAAGACGUAUAUAUUGGGAUGUCCAUGCGUGAUGAUUUCGAGCCCCGAAGCAGCGAAAACGGUUUUGGUGACUCGUGCAAAUCUGUUCAGGCCGACAUAUCCACCGAGCAAAGAGAGAAUGAUAGGACCAGAAGCAAUAUUCUUUCACCAAGGGGCCUACCAUUCAAAGCUGAAGAAGUUGGUUCAGGCUAACUUCCUACCAUCUGCUAUAAAAGGUUCAGUUUCAGAGAUUGAGCUUAUCGUUCUGAGACUUUUACCCACUUGGAACAAUAACAACAUCGUCAACACUUUGCAAGAGAUGAAGAAGUAUGCUUUUGAUGUGGCAAUGAUUUCAGUGUUUGGAAAAAAACUGGACCCAGAAAUGGAAGGAAUUAAACAUCUGUAUCAAUGCCUUGAGAAAGGCUAUAAUUCCAUGCCGAUAAAUCUGCCAGGAACUCUUUUCCACAAAGCAAUAAAGGCAAGGAAACUUCUGAAUGAGACUUUGAGGCGGAUGAUAGAGAAGAGAAGGAAGAGCAAGAAUCAAAGUGAUGGUGGUUUAUUGGGAGUGUUUUUGGGAAGCAAAGAUGAGAGUCCGAAUGAGUUCAGUGACUCUCAGAUUGCUGAUAAUAUCAUUGGGGUUAUCUUUGCUGCUCAUGAUACUACUGCUAGUGUCUUAACAUGGAUUUUGAAGUAUCUCCACGACAAUGGCGAUCUCUUAGAAGCCGUCACGAGGGAACAAGAAGAAAUUCAAAGCAAGUUAAAGGGAGAGAAUCGUGGGCUUACUUGGGAGGAUACUAGGAAGAUGUCAUUGACUAGCCGGGUGAUUCAAGAAACACUGAGAGCAGCAAGUAUACUUUCAUUCACAUUCAGAGAAGCAGUACAAGAUGUGGAGUUUGAAGGCUACUUCAUCCCUAAAGGUUGGAAAGUACUUCCUCUCUUCAGAAGCAUUCAUCAUUGUGCUGAUUUCUUCCCUCAGCCCGACAAGUUCGACCCUUCGAGAUUCGAGGUGCCACCAAGACCAAACACCUACCUUCCGUUUGGAAAUGGCGUGCAUUCUUGUCCAGGGAGUGAGAUGGCUAAGCUUGAGACGCUUGUCCUUCUUCAUCAUCUCACCACAACUUACAGGUGGAAAGUGGUGGGAGAUGAAAAUGGGAUACAGUAUGGCCCUUUCCCUGUACCCAAACAAGGCUUGCCAAUAAGGGUAUUCAAAAGGAAGAAGAAGGACAUCAAGGGGACCUAAAAACUCCCCGUUACCGGGUUCUUGACGACUCGCUUAUACAAUGGGGAAAAAAUGCAAGAAAACCCCCGUUGAGGUUUCAAGUUGUUUUAGUAGUGUUUGCUUUUUUAGAAGUUGUCGUUGGGAAUCCUAUGUUAAGAGCUUAGCUUUAGCAGCCCUGCUCUUUUUUGUCCAAGUUUGUUUUUAAUGUAGGGUGAAGGGUCGGUUUCAGUUUUCAACAGCUAUGUAUGUGUAAACCCAAAAAAAAAAAAAAAAAAAAAAAAAAGGAAAAAAAAAAAAAAAAAAAAACCGAAUGGCCAAAAAUACAAAAAACCAACAGUGUUUCUUUAGAAUGUGUGAAUUACAGAGGUUUUUCAUGGGUUCUGAGGAUCAAAUGUGUGUGGUUUUGAAUGGAAACGAUGUAGCUUUCAUUCGCUUA